CGUUCUACAGCUGACAGCCCACAAGCAAAUGAAAAUAAAACCGGUUCGCAAGUUUUGGAUUUUCCAUUGAAUAAUUCUCGUAAGCUGCCUAGCGCAGAGGAUAUUAUACGCAUUUAAUAAUAAAAAUAAUAGUGACGAAUCACAAAUGUACAUUUGAUAUACCUGUGAUAAUCAUUGCAGUUUGUGUGAUAAGUACAGAAUUAUGUGGCCUAAUAUAAAAAUAAUGCAGUUAAGUGUUUUAAUUUAUAGUCUUUUUAUGGUGGCAAGAUGUGGAGGCCAAGUGCAAACCUCAAAAAAUGUGCAACCUACAAGAAAUCUACCACGACCAAUAAGGCUGUCCGAAAGAAUCGGAAACUUCUCUUUAGAAUUACUCUACCACACAACGUACGCGCAAGAAAAGCGGACGAAUCUUAUCAUAUCUCCUAUCACGGUUUGGUCCAUCCUGGCGGUGACCACCGACGGGGCAAGUGGGAACACAUUGUUAGAACUGGAGAGGGCGGCGAGACUGCCGUCUAAAAAAAAUCGGGACGUCGUCAGAAAUGAAUAUAAACAAUUGCACCAGUAUUUAAUUGUGAACACGACGACUGUGGAGCUCCAGAACUUCAACGCCAUGUUCGUAGACCCCACAAGCUACCCACGACAGGACUUUGUAGAUGUGGCUCGAGAAUACGAAACUAGAAUGAUUGUUGCAAACUUUUCAAAUUCAGAACUAACUUCGAAUCUCAUUAACACCGUCAUAUCUAAUGUGACAAGAGGACACAUUCCCCAACUGUUAUCCGCUGACGACAUCAGAGGGGCAAGUCUGCUACUCACGAGUGCUGUAUAUUUCAAAGGACAAUGGACGAUACCAUUCAAUGCAUCCUCUACUUACAAGGACACCUUCUUUGACAGUAAUGGCAAAAUAUUAGGGGAAGUUAACAUGAUGUACAGCCGGUACACUUACCCCUUUGCUUACAUCAAAGAAUUGCAGGCUAGAAUACUAGAAAUUCCCUACGGAUCUCAGGACCGUCUGUCGAUGCUGAUAAUGUUACCCGAUUCAGGUGUAUCUUUAGAAAAUAUGUUCCGCAACUUCAUAAAUGUCUCCCUGGAUGAGGUGUUCGCUGGCCUGAAAUUGGCCCAGGAGGAGUAUUCUGAAGAUGAGGUUGAUUGCUUCCUGCCGAGGUUCAAGAUUGAUACCAGUUUAUCCUUAACCGAUGCCCUCCAGAAAAUGGGAAUUAGAGACUUGUUUCAAGAAAACAUUGCUCGCUUGGAAGGUAUGGCAAAUAAGCCACUUUAUGUAUCAAAAUUUGUACACAAAGCUGAAAUAGAGGUAACAGAGGAGGGCACUGUAGCGGCUGCGGCAUCUGCUGCUGAGUUCUCCAACAGAAUCGGUGUCAUACGCUUUGAAGCUAACAGACCUUUCUGUUUCCUUAUAAUUGAAAAAAUCUCCAAUACAAUUACAUUUGGUGGGUUCUACCAUACUCCUUCGCUCUACUAAAACCCAGGAAUGAAAUUCAAGAUGUUGCUUUUAAAAUGUUGUAGCAUAAAAUAAUAUACAAUAAAUAUAUAAUUAACUUUAAAAUAUAUAUUUGAAAAACAAAAUAUAAGCUGAAUAUCGUAAUGCAAACCAUAGAAAAUCCUUGAGACAAACAAGAAAUUCUGGUGCUCUUAAGUAUACUUUAUGGAUCUGAGAACAUGUGUGAUAUUUUUACAUAUUUUAUUAUUAAUAUUAACUUUGUUACAAAAAUAAAUUAUCAUUCAAUAAAAUUAAGUUGAGGUCUUAAACAUGAUCAACAUCAGGCUUUAUAGUGACUAUGAAAAUUAAGAUUUCUCAUUCAGAAGGAAUAUAUUUUAUUUAUAUUGUAAACUUGACAAAAUACUUUACUUGACCCUGCCAUCUGCUAUUUAUCAGUAAUAUUUUUU